GCGGCGGAGGCGUAGGAGGAGGCGGCGGCGGGCCUGCUGCGCGGGAGGGCCUGGCUGGGCGCUGGUGCGAGGCUCCGGGGCCGGGCCGCCUUCCCUGCGGCAGAGAGAGAUCGAGAGAGCGGCGUCCGCAGCGGCCCUUCGCCAGGCCUCCGCCGCGCCCUUCCUGGUCCGUCCAGGCGAGGCCCGGCGCCCGCUCCGCCCGCCCGCCCGCCUGGCCGGCCACCGGAGAUGCGGGAGCGGCGGGCGCUGAGGGCCGGGCAGAGCAUGAGGCCGGGGCGCGGGGCGGCCUCCCCCUGAGCGGCCGGUGGAUCUUGUCCUCCAACGUCAUGGCUUCUGACCUGGAAAGCAGCCUCACGUCCAUCGACUGGCUCCCCCAGCUCACUCUUCGGGCCACCAUUGAGAAAUUAGGGGGGGCUUCUCAGUCAGGUGCCCCGGGAGCUGGCCGGAAGUGUCCGCCUGGCUCUCCGACCGACCCCAAUGCCACUUUGAGCAAGGAUGAGGCCGCGGUCCACCAGGACGGGAAGCCCCGCUACAGCUACGCUACCCUGAUCACCUACGCCAUCAACUCCUCGCCCGCCAAGAAGAUGACCCUCAGCGAAAUCUACCGCUGGAUUUGCGACAACUUCCCCUAUUACAAGAAUGCGGGCAUAGGCUGGAAGAACUCCAUCCGGCACAACCUUUCUCUGAACAAAUGCUUUCGGAAAGUGCCUCGUCCCCGGGACGACCCUGGAAAGGGCUCGUAUUGGACGAUUGACACCUGUCCCGAUAUUUCCCGGAAGAGGCGCCAUCCACCGGAUGACGAUCUGUCACAGGAUUCCCCGGACCAGGAGGCCAGCAAAAGCCCCCGGGGCUCCGUCUCUCUGGGCCCCGAGGCAUCGCUCUCCCCCGAGUCCAACCAGCAGCUCUCGUUGCAAAGCACACCCCCGCUGGGCAAUUACGGCCAGCAGAGCGCAGGGCCAGUGGAGGUGGCCGCCACGGUGGCGGGUGGACAAGGCCGGGAAGGGACCGAGGUGCCACCUCCGCACUACAGCACCAGCAACGACUUGAAGUUCUCCUACUCGGAAAUCAACUUCCAGGAUCUCAGCUGGUCCUUCCGAAAUCUCUACAAAUCGAUGCUCGAGAAGUCCUCUUCCUCCCAGCAUGAUUUCUCCUCCCUCCUGGGGGAGAUGCAGCCCUCCAACCACAGCUACUACAUGUACCAGCAGCCACAGGGGCCUCCCUCCGUCGGAGCUGCGCCGCCCCUCCACACUCCAACCUCGGAGAGCUGCCAGUCCCAGGGCAGCAAGCAGCAGGCGGGGGACGGCUACGGCCCACCUCCCGUGAUGUCUCUGCACCCCUCUGCCAUGCAGCACGGAGGGUACCACCAGCACCAUCAUCCCCACGCCCACCCGCAGCAGCAGUCGCAGGCCUCCCUCAAUAACGCCAGCUUUGCUUUUCCCUCCGACUGGUGCUCCAACAUUGACUCUCUGAAAGAAAGCUUCAAGAUGGUCAAUCGGCUCAACUGGUCCAGCAUUGAACACUCCCAGUUCUCAGAAUUAAUGGAGAGCCUCCGCCAGGCCGAACGGAAGAACUGGUCCUUAGACCAGCACCACAUUGCCAACCUCUGUGACUCCCUGAACCACUUUCUCACCCAGACCGGGCAGCUCCCUCACCUGGGGGGGCCCCCGCAGCCCCCCCGCAUCUCCGAGUCCUGUGCCCUGAACAGCAACAAGCAGGAGCAGCCCAUGAGCCAAGUGAACUCGUAUGGUCAGCCGGCACCUCCCCACCUGUACUCGGGACCCUCGCCGAUGUACUCGAUUCCCACCCAGGAUUCCCCAGGGUAUAACCGCCCAGGUCAUCAUUUGGUUUCGCGGCCCCCUCCAGGAGCCCCCGAGGAGAUCCCUGAUGAUUUCAAUUGGGAUUUGAUCACCUAGCAAGCGAGAGACUUGGUAGCCCAUCCCUCCCGGAGGGUCCCUGCAGGAGGAGGAAGCUGUGCGUGCCAGUCCCAGGCCAGCGCUCGGCCUCCUUCCUUGCCUGUAUAUAGAUAUAUAUUCUCUUCUUCAGCCAGAGAAGCUGCCACAAGAUGCUGCCCAAGAUAAUCUUCCUUGCGCUCCUUGUUUUUACCUUCUUUUCUUCUUCCUUAUUAUUAUUAUUAUUAUAUUAUUACCAUCAUCAUCAUCAUCAUCAUCAUCGUUGUACCCAGCCCUUUUCACUCUAUCUGCCAGCUUCGGAUUUUACACGUUUAUUGGGCACCUUGUCUGGAUGCAAGUCGGAAGACUGCCCUGGUGCCGGAGGAGACUUCCAAAGAAUUGAGGGCAUCUUUCAUCAUCAUCAUCAUUAUCUUCAUCAUCAUCGUCGUCGUCGUCGUCGUCACCCCUUGCAUUGUACAAUCCCUCUUUCCCCUAGAGGUGGCCAGGGACUCUCUCGAUGGCUGCUGAAGUGAGCGCGCCUGUGGAUCUUGAGAGUCUGUAAGAAUUAUGUCCUUCCUAAAUGUCGUGACGUAUGUGUGUGGGGGGAGGGAGUUGGACUGGUCCGAAGGAGAACUCUGCCCGCUUCCUUGCACCAGCAAGCAGGAGCGAGCGAAGGGAGGAAGGCCGUGGCCGUGGCAAGAAGGCAAGACUGGGCCUGGAGAGGCCGAGAGAGGCUGGAACGGGAAGCGAGGAGGACAUCGCCCGACUUGCAACGCAAAGGCUGUUCGGCUGCUGCUGCUGCUGCUGAGAGAGGAGGGCGGGGGUGGCCCUCCCCGUUUUCAACUCCCUGCCGUUUUGCACUUCAGCCCUUGGCAGAUCAGGAGAGCUGGACAGGUCUGCUCCGCGUCAGGUGGGAUGGACAGCAAGGACUGCUGGACUAGACCAGGGCUUCUGCCACCGGCUUCCUCUCCUCUCUUCCCCUCUUUGAAGGCAGCAGAUGAGACAGACGAAUCAAGGAGAACCGUACUCCUCUCCCCUUCAAGGGCUUUUUUUUUUUUUUAAACUUCUGGAUUUCACCCCCCCCCCCCCCCCCCCCCCCCAUUUUGCUGGAACGUGUUGUGACUUGUGAUGCAAAAGAGGAGGAGGGUUUCCCCCCCCCGGCUCCUCUGCCUUGUACAGCUAAGCAAGGGAUGCUUCCUGCAUGGUGGAUGAAGCGAGGCAGAAAGAGGAACAUCGUGCCGGGCAGAACUUGGAGGGCUCCAAUUUGAGCCCCUCCUGCAGCGAGAGGAGCCGACCUCUGAAGGAGACGCGGCACUCCCUGAUUGACUGGGGAGGGAAGCUGGACGCCCCCUUCUGCUCCAGAGAGAGUGGGGAAGGGCAGAGGCUGGGUGGGUGGUUGACAGGCCCUUCCGAGCAUGGGUGCCACAAACUGGGCCCGCCGGGGAUUCCAUUUUGACAGCCCAACCCACUGCUGGGUUUCCCCUUUCUAGUGUGCUUCUCUUGUGGCCAGACCUCUCCUUCCCCUGCACGCCCCUCCAGCUGCAAGCCUGCUUUGUAGGGGUGGGUUGAGGGGAGAGCCCGGUUGGAUGCAGAACCGUCAUGCGGAGGGGGGGGGAGGUUCCUGCCGCAUCCAGCUCACUGCUGGGGAGGGAAGGAGGGAGGGAGUAUGGACAGUGGGGAGGGGGGGGACCCUGUCUCAAGGGAGACCCUGAGCCGGAUGUGCAGGAAGACCUGGUGCUGCCUCCUGUCAUGAGAAUGCUGCCCGGGGCAGGAUGCAGGGAUGGCUUCUCCUCCAGGUUUUGGGCAGGGUGCUUCUGCGGAGGACUCCCCUCCCCCCCCCCCAGGAAGGGUCAUUCAAGGAGGCAAGAGAUCAUCCAUCAGGCUCUUCAUCCACACAGUUGCGCCUUUCUGCGUAUGUAAAUAUAUGCCAGUCAGUGUCCAAAUCGGUCUCCUCCCCCUUUUCUUCCCUGUAAAGAAACGGUGUCAUCCUGGGGUAAGGAUUCGAUCCGAGGCAGUGCCCCACCAACGGCCGUCCCGGUCUGCCCAACAGCCACGGAGGGGGAUCCCUCUCCUGCCCAUUGCUCUGUGCGGCCCACAAUGCUUGACGCCGAGGAGGGGAGGGUGGCCUCACAAAAAUUAUUUUUGUGCAUGCUUUCUUAAUUAAAAAAGUGAAUGUUUAUGGUUUAA